UAUGGAAACAAAACGUUUUUGUCUGAAUAGGAAUUGGUUCUGGUUCCCAUCGCCUUUAUUUGAAACUAAAACGGGGUACAUCGCGAUGCCCACACCCACUGCCACCUAAACAUACCCUUCGGGGGUAAUAUUACGAGCAACUACUCUUCAUGAAAGGGACUGAAAUUGUUCUGCGAUGUAUUGGCAUUGAGGCUGAAACAGCUAUCGUCGACUUCUAGACCAGCAAAGAAUUUGAUAAUCCCAUUGUGACCCCUUGAGUCCAUUCUAACAACUGCAUUCCAGGUGGUGCGGGUAGCUCAGCGAGCAGUCCUAAUGGUGACGAUUGCAGCACCACCAUCCCUUGUACGGAUAACGAUGCAACUUGCAACGAGAGACACGGCAAUAACUGCCAUAGGAAUACUUGUGGCAUUGCUUUUUAGCAGCGCGCCUGCGUUUGACGCAACGGCACGGACAUUUCUUAUAAGAUCGUUCUGCAACAUCCACGUCCUCCGCGACAUCUUGUUGAAUGGAGAUGUCUUCCUCGACGCGCUUGUCGUUCACAGCAAAGGCGACUGUGACCAAGACCAGGAGGGCCAAGAGAAAACAUGUGCUGCGAUGAAACAUGGUAGAGAGGUAGACCUGCUUUUCGGAUGA